AUGCGCAAUUCUCUGGAUCUACUGAGCCCGUUCAUUCAUGGGACAUGAACCUGUGGGCUUCCGAGUCCCGUGAUUUGACUUUUCCGAAGCACAUAGUUGCAUGUCAGUUGAGUGGGUGCUACUAUUAAAUGCCCGUUUAUAGCUUAUGAGCUUAAUCUGAUAUAAUAUCAGUUAAAAAUCAAGCUUCAAUAUGUUCCACUCUUCGAAACCGUACUCGGCUGUGACUGCACAGAUCGAAGUCCUCACUGGCGAUCAAUAUGAGGUCGAGGAUUCUAGUGGAAUUGUCGAUCUCAUCGAAGCCAUUCAGAUCCAGGGCAGUGGUCCGGUGGAAGCAAGUCGCGCUCUGCGCAAGAAGCUCAAAUAUGGAAACAUUCACCGCCAGCUAAGAGCGCUCACCAUUCUCGACUUUCUGAUUCAGAAUACCGGAGAGCGGUUUCUGCGCGAAUUUGCAGAUGAGCCGUUGUUAGAACGACUGCGAAUUUCCGCUACUGAUCCCGUGUCUGAUCCAUUGGUAAAAGAAAAGUGCAAGCAGCUCUUUGGCCAAUGGUCAGUGUCCUACAAGAACACUCCGGGCAUGGAACGAGUGGCGGCACUUUACAAACAACUCCCUAAGCGCAAGAAGCCAGCCAGCCAGGCCAAAGCCAAAGUUCUUCGAGACUUUGAGCCUCCCAAAGAACAGCAACCGCUAGGUCACAGUGUGUCUAUUUCAGCCGGCAACGGACCAUCAACAGUUGUCGGUGGCGGGUCCAAGGCCAAGCACAAAGCGAAACAAGAAAAGAAAGAAAAGGAGAAGCAAGAAAAGCUGGCGCAAAAGGAAAAGAGAAAGAGCCUGGGAGCUUUCCGCUCCUUCAGCCUAGAACGCGAGAAACCGCAAAUGAUCCAAACCCUCGCGAACUCCUCAGUCGCCAGCACAAACCUCCUCAACGCCCUCAAACUAGUCAACCGCGAAACCCAGCGCGUCAGCGAAGACAUCGAAGUCAUGAACCGCGUCGACAAAUGUAGAGAACUCCGCCGCCAGGUUCUCCGCUACAUCCAAUACAUCGAAACAGAGGAAUUCCUCGGCGGCCUCAUCCACGCAAAUGAAGAACUAGUUACCGCCCUAAUGGCCUUCGAAGUCCUCGACAAGAGCGUCGACUAUGACAGUGACAGUGACCAGGACGUCCUUGAAUCAGGCUGGUCACCACGAGACGAUGAUUUUGACGAGAGCUUUUCGGGUCUUAGUAUUAACCCACCCAAACCACCCCGUCCUGCUCGUCCUGUGAGUUUGCCCGUUUUGCCUUCUGCUUCACGGCAGCAGGGUAAGGGCAAGGGUGUUUUUGAUGAUAGUGAGAGUGAAUCAGAAACAGAUUCGGAAGAUGAGGACGAUGAUGAUGAGAAUAAUCCGUUCGGUGAUCGGAAUGCUAUCCCGCCGGCUUCUGUUGAUGCCGCUGGACGUACUUGGAGAGAAGUCUAGUCGUGCGUGUUCAUGUAACGACUCUCGUUCUUUCGCAUUGCUUUAUUCUGCCCAUCUUAUCCCAUACCCUGCCUAUCGCUGAUAGACUAUACCCAUUUUUAUUAUUGUUUCUAUGCGGAUGUUCGAGCAAGAGGUGGGCGGGAACACUCAAUUAUGACUGAAUAUAUGAUCAAUUGAUAGCCUGUGGUGCAUUUCUUGCCUUGCAUAGCAUGGUGUAUUGUAA